CACUUGCCCUAAACAUCAAAUAUUAUUAUUUUAUUUUGUCUAAGAGAAAAUUAUGAGUAAAUGUUUUUUACGAUGAACUUUUAGGAGGACUAAGUGCUUUUAAAAUGUGUGCCUGUAAUACGAAGAAUUAUUUUUGUAAAUGUUAUAAUUAUGGCGAUUGUUGCUGUGGGUGUAAAGAUCCGCGAUGUCAUGAGACUAAAUUCUCGAAAAUUGUUGUGCCGAGCUUUCUGUGCGAUCGUGUGAAAUCGAGGUCAAAACCAAACAUGCCAAAAACAAACAAAACAAAGAUUAAGACAAAGGACAUAGGCGUUGGUACUUACGAGGAGCCUGAAGUUGCGUGUGAAGCCGUUUGUAAUUGUUGCCAACCAUGUGUCCUGCCUUCCUAUGAUUCCAUGUGGCAAACCCCUUGUGUUUUAAUGAAUCCAAUGAAUCCUGCUGUAAACCAAACUUCAUUGCAGAGACUUCGUCCGGCUGGCUUGCCCAGUAAGAGGUGCACACCUUUUGAUCCCUGUACAGGCAUGGAAUUAAGGUGUCAACCACCCUGUACUCCAUUUGGUCGUUGUUCUGUAAACCUUGUCAAGAAUAUCCAAAUCCAAGAUACACCCAGCACUAUUUUCUGGCAAGAAGAGCCAACUGAGUCAAAUGAACUCUUGCCGCCAACCAGCAAACCGAUAUGCCCGAGCAAUAACUGCAUAGAUAAAGCCAAUAAGGGAGUCAGGCGGAGCAACAGUUGCUGCCGCGAUAAAUGCGUGAACAAAGCCAUCUGUCAAACAGGCAAGAGAUCCUUAUCAGCAGCCCCCAAGGCAACCGAGAGGUACACUUUCCCAGCCAAACAGAAACUGCCGCCCCUUAGAACACACAAUGACUACGAAGAAAAUACUCACUCGCCGUACUUGUGCAGAAAUAAUAUGACUGGACAACAUGGCAGUAAUGAGCUUAAACUUGUCAAUUGCUGUAAUGCGAGCCCUGAUUUCUUGAAUCGCAUUUGUGAAUCGCUGCGAGUGCCACAACCACCGGAGAGCUGCUAUAUUUUGCUGCCGAUUACGAUGGCCACGUCGAGCAAGAAAAAAACCAGGCAAAGCGGCAAAAGUAAUAAUGAGUGGAACAACAACGAAGAAGAGGGCAGCUCUGACAAAAGCAAUUCUAAGCCCGAAGAUGAAUUCCAAGAAGAAUGCCCACCGAGAACACGCACCUGCGGCUGCAAUACGGAAGCCGUUAGAAACUGCCAAGCCAAGGAUGGCUCAUCUGAGGCAGACAAUGUUGGAGGUGAGUGCAAAAAUGCCUGUGGCUCUUGUUGCACUGCUGGCUGCUGCUAUUGGCCCCGACGCACGUGCUACUAUAAUCCAUUUACGGGUCGCUAUUGUUGGUACAAUCAUUACUGCUGUUCCAGUGGCUGUAAUAGUUGCGCUGGAGCUAAUCAAAAUUCCUGCGCCUUACCAGCCGCAGCCAAACCGCCGCAAUCAAAAAAAGAAAGCUCGAAGCGGGAGACAUUGAAAUCCCCGAGGAGCUCAGCUGUUGCGAGAGCUUCAACGAGAGCUUCAACGAGCCAGCCACGUUCGUCGAAAAAAGACGAUCGCAAUAUAGGCGGUGGUGAGAUGCCAUUUCCAUCGAAUAGUAACGAGGAGGUCCAGCAUUGGAUGGGAUACAGCCAGCACAUGGACACAGGAUUUAACCAUGAUCUCAUGUCAGUAGCGUCGUCGAGGCCACCAACUUCAAGCAAAUCCUAUGCGACCUAUUCAAAGUCGUUCAGAUCACUAGAUGCACAGCAGCAAGAUCAGCCCCAAGAGCAAAUGCAAGAGCAGCAGCAGCAAAAGCGAGGAUAUUUUAAAGGUUUCAGAUCGCGGAUGCCGUCGAUGAUGAUGAUGACGACAUCACCAAAGACGACGGACAUUGACUGAGCGCCACUUUAGAGCUUUUAAAGAUGAGCACACUCAAAUUUGAAAGUGCAAUAGGCUAAAAUAUAUAUACACCAGAUUCCGUCAAAUCUGUUAUCUGAGCUAUAAACCCGUCGGUAGUUUCGAUAUCUUAGAUCAUGUAAAAUCUACCGGUAGAGCAAUAACUCGCGUUUACAAAAUUUGUAUAGUGUGAAAAUUAAAUUAUGUAUAAGAAACAGAAAACCAAAA